AUGAAAGUGAAGAGAUCUAAGGCAUCGGACUUAGCUGAAUCACUCAAGCACCUUAAAAUUAGCGAUCGCCGUUUUCGUCCCCAACUGAAGGGGUCUACACUCCACACACUUGCUUCUCUUAAUGAAGUAUCUUCGAGCUGUAGAUAUAAUUUUCGAAAGACACAGUCUGCUUCGUCAGCAACGGUUGUAAGUUACGGUUUUCGGUGUUGCAAAGCAUGUGAAUAUUGUCGAGCUAUCAGAAAAGCUGGUACUGAAGGUGAAGUGAUAGAUAACAAUUCAUAUCAGGCGAGUACUUUGUAUCCAUGUUUGUCAGUAGAACAUUCAAAUACAUCUGCAGACUGUUCUGAAGACACAGGAUCUUUCUUAGAACCGCCUACUUCAUCUACCAGAAGACCAUCUGGCUACCUCUGUACAACACUCCCGCCCAAACCCUGCCAUUCUAACUAUAGAACCGUAGCAUAUGACCUGCGCCCUUUGCAUGUUUCCUCCUUCGAACCCACCCAUUUACGUCGAUCUUAUGGCAAUGAGUUGAGUGAACUUGAACAAGACCAUAGUUCGAUCACUCAAAGUCCUUACAACACAACCAGCACAGAUCACGGUGAUCACCCUUUAUGCUGCUGUCAUGUCAUUGGGUUUCAUUUACCUCAUCAUUUACGUCUAUAUCGUCGACUGUACAGUCUUGUUGACCACCCUUGUGUAAGUCUAUAUUACCCUUGCAAACAUCAUGCAUAUAGACACACUACAGUACCCAGUGGCUGUUCCACGGGAGCAGCUACUUCCUUCCGUCGUUCUUUAUCAUCAAGGCAUCGCCAUACCAUUACUCCAGUUUCAGUCCAUCGAUUUAGCAUCGAUUCACGGACCGCAUCAUGUUCUAAAUCUUUAGAUACUGAGUGCGAUUCGGGACUGACAGAUAUAUCUCCUGGAUCCAACUAUUGUAGUAUUCAUCAGCAUACGGCAGUGCAAUCGUGUUUACAACAAAGUGCAGCUAAAUACAAAAGUCAGCUCACUGAAAAUCGUCUUGUUGGAACCCAGCGUUGUCGUAGAAAUUCGGAUCCAGAAAGUUGGCAGCAGUUUCGUAAUUUACAAUUCUUUGGACCUUCUCUAUCUAGUGAUAUGAACGAGAAUUUUGAUUUGAAUGUCUCUUACGACGGUGAAUUUAACCGGACAGAAGAACUACCAAAUAACUCACAGACUGAUCAAACAGAUGUAUCCAUUCGGUUUAGUACAUUUAGGAACCGAGAGGUGAAAAAUUUAGGAUCUAACUUACAGUUUCAUGGAGCUGAUCAUCAAUAUGACGCCAAACUUUGUAAUUCAGUUGUGGAUAGUAAUGGCGAUAGGAAUAAUAUUGAUUAUGAGUAUGCUUUGCCUGAUAGUAAUACCCAAUUUGCACGGCCGAUUGUUGCAAAAACCACAACUAAUUUCCCUGCAUUUAAUAUUUCGAAUUCUGUUUUCAUUCCAUUGGCUAAUGAAAAUUCUAAUUUUUGUCAAAUGAAAUUUUCACAAAGUACUGACACUUUGCCACAGUCUAAAAAUUCAAUUGUUUCAUAUGAGUCUACUUUGAAUUCAAGUUCACAACAACAACAACAAUUUCACUUUCGACCUUCACUUUUAUUAUCAGCUGAACGUUCUGAACCGCCUAUAUCAUCAAUCAUGUAUACAUCAGAUACUUGCUUCUCAUUGCGUUCUAACAAAUCGAAUACUGUGAAUUCUUCAGAUAUAUCACUAUGCAGGUCACAGACAGAAAUGGACAAUCAGUCUGGAUUAGCUUGUCAACCGUUAGUUUGGACUGACUUAAGUGGUGAUGGUGGUGCUAAUACUUCACUGAAACAACCUUUUAUGGAAUCCGAUGUGAAAGUGAAGGAAAGUACUGUCCAGUGUUCCAAUGAAGCAAAUUAUUUAAACAUUGCUGAUAUGAGUCAUCAUGUCAAUAGUAAUAAUAAGCCUCAAUUAGUUUCAGAUGUAUCAGUAAAUGAAUUAGCUUCGUACAUGGAACAUAUGGUUCAUAUUCCGGGCCGAAUGUCUGAAAUGGCUCAAAGAAUGUAUCUUUAG